GACAGUUCUGUCACAUGAUUUACAGUGCGAGAAUAGCAGCAAACAGAAGCAUGGAGGCACCUCGGUCUGUUUGGUUUAAGGUACUCCUGCUGUGCACACUAAUAAAAUGUGCGAUUUCACAGUCAAAACCAAACUUUAUCAUCAUGCUGAUGGAUGACAUGGGAUGGGGUGACCUAGGCAUCUAUGGACAACCGAGCAAAGAAACCCCCAAUUUGGACUGGAUGGCAUCAAAAGGCAUGCUGUUACCCGACUUCUACUCAGCAAAUCCUUUGUGCUCUCCAUCAAGAGCAGCUCUUCUAUCAGGUCGCCUGCCUAUAAGAAAUGGUUUCUACACAACCAAUGAACAUGCUCGCAAUGCAUACACGCCACAAGACAUUGUGGGUGGUAUUCCAGACACAGAGAUUCUUCUUCCAGAAAUUCUUCAAAGGUUGGGUUACAGAAGCAAAAUAAUUGGUAAAUGGCAUCUUGGCCAACAGCCAAAGUAUCACCCUCUAAUUCACGGCUUUGAUGAGUGGUUUGGUUCACCAAACUGCCAUUUUGGACCAUAUGAUAAUAAAGAGACUCCAAACAUUCCUGUUUAUCGAGACACAGAUAUGAUAGGAAGAUACUUUGAAGAUUUCCUUAUAGAUACGAAAACUGGAGAAUCCAAUCUGACACAGAUAUAUAUACAGGAAGCCCUUUCAUUUAUUGAUACUCAAAGCAAGAAGAACCAGUCAUUUUUCCUUUACUGGGCUGUAGAUGCCACACAUGAGCCUGUGUAUGCCUCCAAAGCUUUUCUCGGGACAAGUGCACGUGGUCUAUAUGGUGAUGCUGUGAGAGAGCUUGACUCAGGUGUGGGACAGAUUUUACAGAAGUUAAAUGAUAUGGGAGUUGCCAACAACACGCUUGUCAUUUUCUCAUCUGACAAUGGUGCAGCCACCUAUGCACAAGAAAUGGGUGGUAGUAAUGGUCCUUUCUUAUGCGGAAAACAGACAACAUUUGAAGGUGGUAUGAGGGAACCCACAAUUGCCUUUUGGCCAGGAAAAAUUCAAGCAGGAGUGGUGUCUUAUCAGGUGGGCAGUUUGAUGGACCUGUUUACAACUUUUGUGAAUCUUGCCGGUGGUAGUAUACCAGAUGACCGUGUCAUUGAUGGCAUUGACCUAACCUCCUCUUUCUUUUCAAACACUGUCCAGGAAAGACCCAUAUUUUAUUACCGUGGUAAUGAGAUGAUGGCAGUGCGAUGGGAGCAGUACAAAGCACAUUACUGGACAUGGACAAACAGCAUCAAAGAGUUUGAAGAAGGAAUAAAUUUUUGUCCUGGUGAGGAAAUUUCUGGAGUUACCACCCAUGAACAAGUGAAUCACACAUCAAACCCUCUUUUAUUUCAUCUUGGACGAGAUCCCGGUGAAAAAUAUCCUAUUGGACUGAAUUCUGAAGAAUACAUAACAGUGAUGCCUAUAAUUCAGAAGCUUGUGGACACACACAAGAAUAAUCUGAUGCCUGGAGAACCCCAGUUAAAUGUUUGUGACAGAAGUGUCAUGAACUGGGCGCCACCUGGGUGUGAAAAGCUUGGAAGAUGCUUACCUGUACCCAGCCCUGCACCACAUAAUUGUACUUGGCCACACUAAUGUUGAGUGUUCCAAGUUGGCAGAUUUACUUAGGGAUUAUAUAUAUACACUAACGCACAAAAGGUAUAAAUUUAUUCAUAUGAACUCUUGUCAAUCAGAUGGUUAUGGGACAAUCUUGUACACAGUCAUGCACAUGUGUGUGUGUGAGAAAGAAACUGAGUGAAAGUUUGUGUACCAGCAUGCACAGACAUUUAUACAUGCAUAUAUUCAUUUGUUAUUUUUUCAGUGUUAAUAAUAGAUAGGAAUUGAUUUUGAAACCAAAAUUUUUACAAAAUUUCAGCCUUAAUUUGAUGACAAAAAUAUAAUGAAAGCAACUUUCUUAAGUUCUGUUUUUCAGACAAGGUGUUACAAAUUGUGUUUCAUUGACUUCAGUCUUUCAGACAACAUAUAUUGGCAUUUAUCCUUCCUGAGAAAAUGAACAAAUCUUACUUCAUUUAAUGAAGUCCUUCAGUCUUUGGUAUGCUAAUAGCCAUUUUUUCAUUUCUAUUCAUGAAUUACGCGUAUUUUUAUAUGUCUCAUCAGUGAAGCAAUGUAUUGAAUUACAAAUAUACAGCAGAUAAGUUUAAUAAAGACAUAUUGUGUGUAUAAAUGUUCAAGUGAUGUGCAAUGCAUGCAGCAGUAUUAUCAAUAAGGUAGUGCUUGUAUUCAGUAGAUAUUCUGGUCAAAUUGUGUUGACUGCUAUCAUUUUUGUUUGUUGCCUCCUGUCUCCCACAAUUUUUUGUUUCUUGCAGAAGUUUUAGUUGAGUUUCACUUUAAGUCUUCUAUCAUCUUUGGUCAUGGUCUUACAAAGCAAAUAAAUGUUUAAGAAAACACUGGUACAAGUUAUUAUACUCUGCGGGUGAUAAAUUAUGCACAAUAUUGAUAGAAAGUUUUGAUAUUCCAGUUGGUUGCUUGGUUGUUGAGUUUUUUUUAAUGCAUAAUCUGAGAUUGAAGCAGAAAGCCUAUGUGUUGAUUAAUAUUAUCAUAAAUGCAUUAAAAUGAAUAAUAGCUA